GCCUCUUUUGAGUAUUAUCUUUAGAACACACAGAGCUGAGAGGAGUUGAGACUUGAGACAAGAUGAGGCGUUCUUUGUCUUUCUUCUUCUUCCUUGUGAUUCUAAUUCUAGCCGUAGUUGAUGCCGAUAACGUCGAGGAUACAUGUCAGAAAGCUUCUCAGAAUAUCAAGGAGUUACCUUAUGACUUCUGUGUGGCAGUUCUAGGAGAAAAUCCCAAGAGCCACAGUGCAGAUCUCCAAUCACUAGGGAUCAUCUCAAUAGAGUUAAUCGAAGCCAACUGCACCAAAGUUAGUUCACGCAUUGCUGAGCUAUUGAAUGAUAAAAAGUUGGUAAGAGAUGUUAAGAUAAGGUUAGAGGAUUGUAAGGAACUUUACUCUAAUGCAAUUGAUCAAGUAAAACCUGCAAUUGAUGCCUUCAAGUCUAAGGAUUACAAGUCAGCUAAUAUUGAAGUGAGUGCGAUGAUGGAGGCACCUACUACUUGUGAAGAUGGGUUUAAGGAGGAGCCUGGAUUGCAAUCACCUUUGGUAGCAGAGGAUAAUUAUUUCUUCCAGUUAACUUCAAUUGCACUGGCUAUUACAACUUUCGCCUAAUGAACUUCUCUGCUUUGAACCUUGUUUCGAUGGAGAUAUAUAUGUUAUCUUAGGUUGUGAAAUGGGUGUUUUUUCUUUUUUUUUUUUUUUUUUUCUUAACAUAAUAAAUAAUGUUUCAUCCCUUCAUAAUUGAAUCCUUUGUUCGAUUUUCUUUUUGA